CCUGGACUGUCCUGGGAGAAACUGCCUCAUCCUUGAAUGAUCCACUUCCUCCCCCAGGGAAUAAAGGCUCAGUGACGGCCAGUCAGCCCUGGAGCCCACCAGCCUCCUGGAGUCCCUACUGACCAGCUUGUGCCAUCCCCAGGAUGGACAUGUGCACAGUUCUGCUCGUCCUGCAAGCCUUGCUGCUGGCCCCACUAGCUGACGGUGCCAACCCUGCCCUGCGCUUUGUGGCCGUGGGCGACUGGGGAGGGGUCCCCAAUGCCCCGUUCCACACACCCCGGGAAGUGGCCAAUGCCAAGGAGAUUGCUAGGACUGUGCAGGUGCUGGGUGCAGACUUCAUCCUUUCUCUGGGGGACAACUUUUACUUCACUGGAGUACAAGACGCCUAUGACAAAAGGUUCCAGGAGACCUUUGAGAGUGUGUUCUCUGACCGGUCCCUUCGCAACGUGCCCUGGUACGUGCUGGCUGGGAACCACGACCACCUCGGCAACGUCUCGGCGCAGAUCGCCUAUUCUAAGAUUUCCAAGCGUUGGAACUUCCCCAGCCCUUUCUACCGCCUGCGCUUUAAGGUCCCACGGACCAACGUGUCCGUGGCCAUCUUCAUGCUGGACACAGUGACGCUGUGUGGCAACUCAGACGACUUCCUCAGCCAGCAGCCCAAGAGGCCCCGUGACCUGGAGCUGGCCCGCACCCAACUGUCCUGGCUCAAGAAGCAGCUGGUGGCGGCCAAGGAGGACUACGUGCUUGUGGCUGGCCACUACCCCGUGUGGUCCAUUGCCGAGCACGGCCCCACCCGCUGCCUGGUCAAGCAGCUGCGGCCACUGCUGGCCACGUACAGGGUCACUGCUUACCUGUGUGGCCACGAUCACAAUCUACAGUACCUGCAGGAUGAGAACGGCGUGGGCUACGUGCUGAGUGGGGCCGGGAACUUCAUGGACCCCUCGACACAGCACCAGCGCAAGGUUCCCAAUGGCUACCUGCGCUUCCACUAUGGGGCUGAGGACUCGCUGGGUGGCUUUGCCUAUGUGGAGAUCAGCCCCAAAGAGAUGAGUGUCACUUACAUCGAGGCCUCGGGCAAGUCCCUCUUCAAGACCAGCCUGCCCCGGCGGCCCAGGCCCUGAACUCCUGCAAGAGCCCAGCCCUGAGGCCUGAGGCUGGGGCACCUCCCCCCUUUGCUGGCUGGGUAGACCUCGCUGGGACCCUUGCCGAGGACAGGCUCUGUCUCCAGCCUCCAGUGCCACCGCAGAGCAGGAGGGAGAACCACAGAUACUGACCAUAGCCCUGCAAAGGAGAAACAGGCAUGAACACUUGUCCCAGCCCCUGUGUCACGCCCUGUGGCCAGCUUGCCUGGACUGAGAUUCUGGGAGCAGGGGUGGGGAGGGAAGCUUUCUCCUGUGCCAAGCUGCUUUCUGUCACUGAUGUUCAAUAAAAGAAUAGUUGCCAAGGCUGAA